AUGUCGUACGGUGGUGCUGGCUACACGAGUUCUGGAGCUGAUGAACAACAAAGGUACGGUAAUGGUACAUCUUAUCCAACUGGUGUUAAUGGCCCUAUGGUUUACCGACCACUUCUUGAAGAUGGCAUUAAUGCAUCUCAUGGUUACGGUAAACCACUACUACCGCCAGCUGAAUUGAAUGGUGUAUCAGGCUACGGUAAGCCACUACAACCACCUCCUGGAUUUAGUGAGCAAGCACGUUACGGUAAUCCAGUUCUCAUGCCACCAAGAAUCAACGCUCCUCAUGGUUAUGAUCGUACCGUACCUAUUCCACCGAAAGGUAAUGUCCCUCCAGUAUUCAACGGCCAAGCCCCACCACCAUUUGGAAACAACUGUGCAGCUACAGUAAACAACGGUUCAGCUACAGUAAACAACGUUCCAGCUACAGUAAACAACCGUUCCUACGAUGGAAUUGAAGCUGGUGUACCGUCAAUCAACAAUAACGAAAUUGCUUCGUGUACUUAUGGUACGAGCCAAGUAGGACACAAUGGUACUCUCUUUCAACAAACUAACGGAGGUGGAUUUGUGAACCACGGUAGAGCUGGCUUCGACAAUCUCAACACUGGUAAUGAUAAACAAUUUAAUCUUAACAGUACUGAAACUGAUAAUUGUUUCAAUGGUGAAGAUAGCAGACAAAAUUUUAAUGCUGAGGAUAGUCAAAAAGAUAAGAAGGCAGACGACCGCUUCAACUUACUGUUUGGAGACGAAUCACGCUUUCAAGCAUUAUGCAACAAGGACCAUUACCAAGUGUACCAAAGCCAGAUGGAAGUGAUCAAAAGUUUCUACAAAAAAGCUCUGUCCAAUUUAAAAGACAAUCAACUUACAAGCCUACCAGACAUUGAUGAAACUUUUUUCAAUUUGAAAAUGAUUUCACGAGAAGGCAAACUUGACAGCUACAUUGUGAAAGGCAUGAAGAAACACGUAGAAACAGAUGACAAUGUCGACGGUAUCUUCGGGUUUUGUAAAUUGCUGCAAGCCUACACUGACCAACGCUGGCUUGAAGACGAAACUGAAGAUUCUGAUGAAAUUGUUUCUAAUCUAAUUCACCAAGAUGAACCAACCUCUUUAAUGUACGGUCUAGACGAUGAACGCUACAAUUCGACGUUUAAAAAUGCAGUAAAAUGGGAAGCCGUGUGCAAACCAGAACAUUUGGAGGUAUACAAAAGCCAAGUAGAAAUUCUCCGGCGUUUCUACAAAGUGUGUAGAAUAGCGUUAAUGAAAAAGGAUCUUGGUAUGGAAUUGCAUGAAUUUGACGAAACUAUAAUGGACUGUAUAGAGGAUGCCACAUUCGGCAACCUUGACAACUAUAUGGUAAACGCCUUAAAGAGAGUUUUGAAUGACAAAUGCAGAAACAAUGACAAACUUUUGGAAGCAUACUAUGCAUUGGUGGCUUACAGGUUGCUAAAAUACCAGGGAGAAGAUUCACGACCUAAUGUAAGAGUUCCACGAGACCAUGAAAAAGCUCAUCAAGAUACUGCACAAUGUCAUCAAGAAGCUGCACAGUGUCGUCAAGAAACUGCACCAUCUUUUGAAACAAACCAAUAUACAGAAGGACUAGCUUCUGCUCUUGAUUGUCCACAACAUACUUCUGAAUUCGAGCGUCUGCAACAAUUCUACGAAGCUGUCAUGACAAAUCCCAACACUGGUAAUGAUAAGCAAUUUAAUCUUAACAGUACUGAAACUAAUAAUCGUGUCAGUGGUGAAGAUAGUCAAAAAGAUAAUAAGGCAGACGACCGCUUCAACUUACUGUUUGGAGACGAAUCACGCUUCCAAGCAUUAUGCAACAAGGACCAUUACCAGGUGUACCAAAGCCAGAUGGAAGUGAUCAAAAGUUUCUACAAAAAAAGCUCUGUCCAAUUUAAAAGGCAAUCAAUUUACAAGUCCAGAGUUUGA